GACAGACUGUGAAAAGUGACACACACACCUGAGAAUCAAAGAAUAAUUCGUGAAUUUUACAAGCAGCAAAAUGUGCCUGUUUCUAAUGGUAAUAAUGAGUCUCCUUACAAUCCCGCAAACAUUUUUCGGGACGAUUUGUAUACAUGCAUCCAUCCAACACGAGAAUCCAGGAGCUGAACUGUCAGAAAAUGGGACGAAGCAUUUUGCAGAACGUAAGAAGAAAGACGAACAUUUGGAAUCAAAUUCAGCUUCAAAAUCUGAUACAUCGCAGCCUUUGGGGUCUAUCGACUGGAGGUGGCUCGAACGAAUAAUUUUGUCAUUUACAUUUGGAUUUUCAGGAGCCAGCACAUCUACAUAUCUUCUAGUACUUGUCAUAGUCAUAGUCAUAGUGGCCUUUUGGGUAAUGCGGACACACUGGUCUCAUGUGGAUCGACAGCUGAACAGACGACCCAUCACCGUAAUAUAAUGAUAUAUUUAACACUAUAUUAAUUUUUAUUUUAAGAAGCAAAAUUAUCAUAUUCUAUUGAAUAUAUUUUUAUAAAAUUUUCAAAUUGUACCUUUAUUCAAUAAAUACCAAGACAUUUUA